AUGGACAAGAGCCUACGGGUCAACGUUAUAGACGAGCGGGUCAAUGUCCAUGGUUUUCAAACCGUCCCGUUUGCCUUGGCGAUUCAAAACGCGGAUUCGAUCCCACAGUUCCUUGACAGAACUGCUCAUUUUUACCGCCACCUGAAUGCCUUGCAUCCCAGAUGUUCAGCUGAAAGCAUCGAUCUGAAGCUUUUCAAGCUGGAAGAGUCAACAACGCAGUUCGGCGAUGCCGGUUAUCCGGUCCUAUACCCUACGAGCGACAAUCUUUUCGAGGACGGUGUUGCGUAUUUGAGAGUUCACUCAAAUGCGCUUGAUUCACCCACGAUGUAUGGGUUCGAAAUCACGAACCAAUCCCCAUUCGACCUCCACGCCACGAUUCUUUACUUUGAUAACAGUGACUUCAGCAUUACACGAUAUUACCCAGACAGUGGCUCCGGUGAAGUCAUCCCUAAGCACGGGGGAGUGGCGCACAUUGGCUACAACCACGAUGCGGCAACACCUUUUACCUACUUCCUGCGGGAGAAUCAAGACGUCGAUGUGGGAUUCCUGCAGGUCCUUCUCACAGAAGCGCCAAUGGAAGUGGACCAUAUCCUGCAAUUCUCUGCAUUUACUCAGGACACAGGUCCUGGGUUUCUGUCCCGGAGUCCACCCUCAGGUGGCCAGGCAAGUGAUAUAUGGGGCAGCAUGGUCUUUAGCAUUAUCCAGAAGCGGAGCAUGUAG